CCCUCCCUCUAUUCAGUGUGCUGUUUACAGUUUUUCUUGCUCUGCAAAAAUAACUGGCGACAGGCAGCUGGCUCCAUUACGCGCGUUGCUACGCCAAACUUUACUUGACAAACAUGGACGUUUCUUUUAGGCCUACAUUAUGUAUUUUUAGGGAGAUUUGCGCUUUGAUAGAUUGACCUGCUAAAACUUUAUUUUUGACAAUAAGAGAAGCUUAAAUGCCCCCACAUUACUACAUUUUUUUCUGCCAGCUGGAUCACAGGAUUGUAUGAUAAUUUUUGAAGUUCAAGAUGCAGUUCCGAACGGUCCUUGAAGUGAAAGUUGUGGAUGUGCAGAAGAGGCGGAAUCCCUCCAAACAUUAUGUGUACCUCAUCAAUGUCACAUACUCUGACUCCACCUCUCAUGUCAUCUCCAGGAGAUACAGCAAAUUCUUUGAUCUCCAGAUGCAGAUCCUGGACAAGUUCCCAGUGGAGGGAGGGAGGAAGGACCCAAAACAGAGAAUCAUUCCCUUCUUACCAGGUAAACUCUUAUUUCGGCGAAGUCAAGUCAGAGACGUGGCUGUGAAAAGGUUGAAGCAUCUUAAUGACUACUGCAAAGCCGUGAUGAGGCUCCCUAACCAAAUCUCCCAGAGUGAGGAGGUGCUGAGGUUCUUUGAAACCAAGGCUGAGGACCUCAACCCUCCUAAAGAGGACUAUGGGGGAUCCACCAAACACAAGUCAGGAAAACACACUUGA